AAUCUUCUCUGUGUAUUUCUUCAAAACAAAUUAAGAAAUUUAAAACAAAAUAACUUUCUCUCUCUAGCUCUAACUUUCUCUCUCUAGCUCUUCAAUGGCGGGCCGUGUUAAUGAAGAAGACGGAGGAGAAGUUGAAGUUGGGUUUGAAGAAGGAAUUUCAUGGCUGCCUUCACAUGUUCUUGAUGAUGAAGUUAUAUGGCAAACUAAUCAUAAGAAAUGUUAUGAUGUUAAUAAGAAGAACCAACAACUUCAUCGCCAACAGUUUAUUAAUCAUCCUAAAUUGCCUCUACAGCCUCAACAACAACAACUGCCGUCAAAAUAUAACCAAAAACCUCAAUCAAGAAGACGAAACCCUAAUAAUUGGGUAUCAGGAGGAUCAGGAAUGCAAGCUAUUUUCCUCGACUCUGGUAAACAAUCAUGCGGUACCGGAGUUUUUCUUCCGAGAAGAGCCGGCACAAAUUUGCCACCUGCCAAAAAGCCAGCUUGCUCUCCCGUUCUUCUACCAGCACGCGUUGUUCAAGCUCUUAACCUCAAUGUUCACGAAAUAGGCCUCCAAGUAUCACGUCGACAAGAUUCUAAGAAUAACUCAAAAACUGGAGACUGCAAUUUAGGCAGAAACAAAAAUGGCAGAGAUGCAUCAACACAUUGUUGUGUUGUGGUUUCGCAGAAUGAAAUUUUUUCACCUGAGUUACUUCUCCCGAAAGAAUGGACAUACUAGCUUCCGACGUUGUUACCAUAAAAAAGCUGAUAAAAGCAAAAAGAUCAUGUCAAGUUGUGCUGUUAUACACCAAUUAGUCUAUUUGUACAUGUAAUAUAAAAUAAUGACAGCACAAGAUCUUCUCACCAUUCAUUUUAUUUGUAUUAUCUUUAUAUUCAUAAUAUCUGCAUAAAAAUAUAAUUGGAGGUAGAGCAUUGAGUUAUGUAGUUAAUUUUAUUUAAUUGUCAAGAAUCUAAUAAAUUGAGAAAAAUUUGUCUUGAGUA